GCGACAUUUUGGCAAAUUGGGCAAAAGCAACACCAAAUCAGUGGUUGUUGCGAAAUGGUCAAUAUGGAUUCACUGAAAGUUUCAGGAUUGCUAUGUUUUUGUAUCUUUAGUUUGCUAGGAUAUUCUCAAGCCCAUUUUGUUCGUGUUGCUACUAGAAAAGGGCGAGUCCUCGGAAAAAGGACAAGAUAUGAUUACGGAAUUGAUUCGGUUUCCAAUACCGUUGACGCGUUUCUUGGAGUUCACUAUGCCGAUCAGCCAGUUGGUAAUCUACGAUUUAGAGAUCCAAAACCGGUGAGGGUGUCCCCACCCGCGGGCACUAACAACUUAAAUCUUGGUCCAAGAUGCAUCCAAAUGCCUGCCUUCCUCUACAGUGUGUCGAGUGAAGCUGAUGUGAACGAUACAAUGAGGGAAGACUGCCUCGUGCUGAAUAUCUAUUCUCCCGCUCAGCAUGUAAAAGCGACGUAUCCGGUGAUGGUCUGGAUCCACGGUGGAAGUCUUCAAGUCGGCUCCGGUAACUGGUUUGAUGGUCAUGUCCUCGCCCAGUUCGGCGUUGUGGUGGUGACCGUAAACUACCGCCUUGGAGUCCUAGGUUUUCUCAGCGAUGGUGAUGUUGACUCGCUUCCUGGCGAUUACGGUAUAUUUGAUCAAGUUAUGGCGCUCCGAUGGAUCAAAAACAACAUCCGGGAAUUUCGAGGUGAUCCGAACAAAGUGACCAUAUUUGGUAGUAGUGCGGGAGCAUGGAGUGUCUCGCUUCAUCUGUUGAUGAAGUGGUCUCAAGGGCUAUUCCACCGUGCCAUUAUCCAGAGCGGCCCCCUGAAUGCCAAGCUAAGCCAUUUCAACUCGCCAACGUCCGUGAAAGAGGCCCUACUGUCUGUUGGUGAAUCCCUGAACUGCAACACAGAUGACGCGGAUCUUCUCCUGCAGUGUCUUAGAAAUGUCGAUGCUGAGCUAUUUAGCGAAGAAGAACAUGCAACUGAUAUGAACGGCCGAUUCCAAGUCUUAUGGAAGGGUAGUCGGGUCCUCCCAACCGAACCAGUAAAGAUGCUGAAGCAAGGAUACUUAAACCGAGUUCCUGUGAUGAUUGGCGAUGUUCAGCACGAGGCCGCCCGAUUCUUAUGCAUCUUUGCCAUUCAAGAAAAUGUGCCCAUUGAUGAGAAUGGCAACUUCAGGGGCUUUCUCGACAACGACACCGCAGAAGUAAAGCAUGCAGCUUUGAUGGAAUCCCUUGACCAAAUCCUCGGCAUGUCCAAUAUUGACCUCUCAGAGACGAUGAAGAAGGUGGUAAUUGGUAAAUACUUCACUCCAGAUGUCAUGAUGGACAGGAAGAAAAUAACAAAGACGUUGGUUGAGUUGUUCUCAGAUAUCAUCAUGGUAGCGCCAGCAGUGCAGACGGCGAAGAUUCUCCGUUCGCGCGGACUCACUCCCUACUUCUACAUGUUUAGCCAUUCGCUUUCAAUAGACAUCAACAAUCCUUUCGCUUGUAGCUGGCUAUCGGACUACAGCUAUCACGAAACCGAACUACCAUUCGUGUUCGGGAAUCCCAUCUCCAAGGCGUGGUCCAAGUCAGUAUGGCAUACGAACAGAUACACGGCGCAAGAAAGAAAUCUCAGUUUAUCGGUGAUGAAAUUGUGGGCAGAUUUUGCGAGAAACGGUGAGCCAUCCCCAGAGUUGACAUGGGAACCGUUUGGCGAAGAAACGUACGAUUAUCUGGAAAUCAAGACUGGGUCAUUCGAAAACAAGCAGAACCUUCGAAAGAGAAAGGUGGACUUCUGGAUAAAAAUAUUUGAUGCGAGAGAGCCAAACAACACAUAAGCCGAGUUUCGCCUAAGGGAAAGCCUAACCUAUAGACUCUAUUAAUACAGGUUGUUAUUUACAAGCCAGUGCUUAAAACCUUACGCAUGACGACGAAAAAAACACCUCAAUUGGUUUCAAUACAUUUACGUAUCCGUGUACGCCUAUAGUUUUUGAGAUAGUAACCUUCGAAAAGAAAUCGUAUCGAGUACUAAACUAUCAAUCGGAUUGAAAUUUAUGUCCAUUUAAUACAUAAUAUACAUUAUCUUUCAUUUACAUAAUUCACAACUUUUUACAAAACACGUUCAGUAUUAUUUGCACUCUGUAACCAAAAGCACCUAAAUAAUUAACAAUAUUACCAGUCAGCGUCUUCAUGCAAUCUUUGCUUCUAUGCGCCGAAGUAGUUGAUUUCCAACACGAAGGCAGUUACACAUACAAGCAAACACAUAAGCCAAAAGACAGUACAUACCAAAUUAUUACCACAGUAGUGGCGAUAUCUUAUUGACGCUAGUUCAGUCACGCAUUGCACGGUGAAUGUUGUAUCAUGAAGCUAUUUCAAUACGUACAAGUAAAAUUACAAAUGUUUUAGGAACCCCAGAUAGGUUUCGAGUCGAGAAUACCACGUUGCCUGUGUUAUUUUGCACUUGUUAUUUUAUCAACCAACUUCAGGAAUAUUCAUGUCUUGCUCUAUAUAAAAUGAUAUAGGAUUUUCUCACAAUCUGGCACACGUAACAAUACACAGUUUUGCUUCUUAUUUUAAUCAAACCCAAACGCAUGACUCACAAAGGCGGAGCACGGCGACAUUCUACAGAAACUAGAUGUAUCCAGUAAUCACCGACAAAUUCACUACCGCCUCCUACCCCAGAAAUAUGCAAUGGCAGGUCGACCAUCAAGCCAAAAGUAAACCGAAUUCUUCUCCAUCAAGAAAAUAUCAGGCUUCACCCUUUAUUGAAAUGCUUUCUGUAAACCUUUUCGUCAAGGAAUAAACUGUAAGGCUUCGUCACAGCAUACGUCGGUUCAUGUACGAUGUAAGAAUGUAUGACCGUGCCGUUCAUUUUUAACGUUUCCUUCACGCCGCCUUUUGCUUCUUCUCUAAAAACAAACGGAUACUUGUGUUUGAGUUUGUUA